AUGCCCAGACGUCCUGUGGAGAAAUUGAGUCAAGCUCUUAGGCGUCAGGCGCAAGUGCGCGCAUGGCAACAGAGCGAAAAGAGAACCGACUUGUCUGCACAAUCAUCACCACAGCCACCAUUAACAUCAACAACUACAGAAGCAGGAACUGUUAUGCCUCAUGCAGGAUCUUGGCCAUAUAAAAAGGAAGGUGAAGGAUCUUAUUCUAUAAAUAAAGUGAAAUCAAAAGAUACUCUUAUUCAUGCUAACCAAUCUCUUCGUGAGGCACUUGCACGCGGUUCACCUGAAACACAAAUUACACGACAGGUACAACGUGCUAUUCAACGUUCUACUAAGAAAUCAGAGGCGAUGAAAGCCUUUCAAGUUCUUUUGCACGCAGAUGGAGAAGUCCCUACAAUAACAACGUUUCGAACUCUUGCUGUUACUCUUUUACAGCAUCAUGUAGAAGAGCGGAUAGGCUAUGAUACAUUUCAAAAAUCUUUAACAGAUGCUAUAGGUACAGAAAAUGAACGUUGGAAAACCCUCACAGAGGAGGAACGUUCUGCUUUCGUGAAUUAUACUUGUCGAAUGACUGAACGAUGGGCAGAGCGUGGUUCCUCCUUUAAUAAACUUUUGGGGUUUUCACAAGAAGGUGCAGAUAAUGAAAUUGUAUCCCAAAUAGAGUAUCAAAUGCGAAAAAGUGGUGCAAUAAUUUCAGCAGGAACAAUAAGCGAUUUAAUGCAUCUCGAUAUUUCAUGGUCAACUGCUUUGCAUUUGUAUAAUUAUGCAGGUUCAUUAUAUCGUAACAUAUCACCACCAAUAGAAAUGACAGACCGUCUUAUGGGUCUAAUGACAGGAUACAAAACAGGACUUGGUGGAUCUCGUCCAUGGAAGCAUGCACUUAAACUCUAUGAAGAAGCCCUUGCUUCUGGAUAUGAUAUAACACUAACGACACAUACACAUGCCCUAGACGCACUUUGGCGAAGUGCAGAUACGUUUCACCGUGUUCGAUCUACAAUCUCUUCUUCACAAGAAAAUUUUAUAUGGCAAAAAGCUAUUGAAAUUAGUCAACAUGUACAGGAUACUAAAUUACUUAUUGCAGGUGAGGAAGGUUGUGCUUACGCUGAAGGAGUUGUAAAGGCUUUUGCCGCUUCUGGUCGCUGGUCUAUGGCUGUUUCAUUUCUUGGAAACCUUGAUAUCUCUAGUGCAGACACAACUCAUCGUUCUCUUGUACCUACGGCGGAAACUUAUGUCUUUGCCAUUGCGGCCUGUCUUUCUGCUGGUCAUGCAUCUCAUGGUGAAGCCCUUUGGACACUCUUUCGAGAAAGCUACUCACUACGAUCUCUUCACUCUGAAGUACUUUUGAUUCUCUUGCAGUCCUUUCGUCAUGUUGUUCGGACGUUACCUAUGAUUGGUUCUAUCGUUGAGGAUCUCGUGAAUAAUGGUAAAGGACUGGAGCGACCGAUUAUUGUAGCCUGUCUGCAGUUGCUUUCUACUCGUUAUGUGACGACGGUAACCAAGCGGCAUGUGCUGGCGCGAAAGUUAUUUGACAUGUACGAUGCGAGUCCGUGGCCGCAGCAGCCGACGGCCCGCGCGGUGGAGUUGCAGACGGUCUUCCGCUGCGGCCGACUGAUCGCCGCCGUGUCGGGCGAGACGGACGGGGCCGCCCUCGUCGCGUACGUGCGGGGCCGCGUGUCGGCGGUGUUUGGGCCGGCGGCGGUCGAGUGCCGGUGGUUUGACGCGGCGGUCGUCCACCACCCGCCGACCGGCGACAAUUCCGCCGCCCUCCGCGCGCUCCUCCGCCGCCCCCCGCCGGUCCCGCCGCGCCAGACCCGCGCCGCCCUCCUCGCCGCCCUCCGCGCCGCCACCGACGGCCCCGCAGCGGACGCCGCCUCGGGCCUCACCGACGAAGACACGCAGGAGGACGCACGCGGCGAGGCGGCGAGGGCCGUGCGGGGCGCACUGGCCAUCACAAACGCACUCCACACCACAGACGACACCUUUCCCCAUCGCUACUGCGCAAAGAUGCUCUUGAUACAGGCAAAUACGGCGGCGAAGGUUAGUGAACGGAAAAAGUUAGCACUCAGGGCAAUGCAUCAUUUCUCCCAAGAUUCAGGGGAGGGUAUUAGUCAAGAAGAUAUUUCAAACCUGGCAGAAUCUCUUUCUCUUACAGAAGUUCACGUGGAACACGCACUCCUGCAAACCCAUGCCACACUACGCUUCACAACACUCUCUCAAAAAAGGAGACAUCAAGGAAAAAAGACGGAUGUCUAUACCGCAUUCGAUGGGAUAACAUGGUAG